CCAAGAAAAAUUGAAACCCUUGAAUUAAGUUAGAUUAGUAUUUCUUAUUCGAACUGAUUGGGUAUUGGCUUUACUUCUGGUGUGUCUGAUUCAUUCAACCCAGUUUGUUCUUUAGUGAGCAAGUUUGGUUCUUCUCUCUUGGAAGGCUCAAUUAGGAAGAAAGAGAAGUAUAUCAGAGGGGUUACGAGCAGAAUCUCGUUUUAUCAAAAGAUCCAGCACUUGUUCAGACACGAGAUCGUGUAAUAAAUCUGGAUUUCUUAACCCAUGAAUUCCUCUUCCAAAUCUUGCUGCAGACCAUAGCAAAUUUACAGGUAGGAUACAGUAGAAUGCUUUCCUAGCUUCAUGAUAAAGAAGCCCAAUGUUCCAGAAAAAGAUUAGAUAUAAUACAAGAAGAACUGGCCCCACCAAUGAGCCGGCAAUGUUUGCCCAAGACAUAAUUCUGAAAUAUUCGUCUGAGGUUAUUCUUUGUUGCAUGAAUCUUGUGCUAGCCCAUCCAGCACCUCCAAGAUAUGCCAAGAUCAUCAAACAAAAAACAAUAUUCUUUGAUACUCUAAGUAUCGUUGAAGAAGGAGCGCAAGGAACAAAUCCAUCAGGCCUGCCUAUCUUAAGUAUUUUAAAUGUUUGAUAA